AUGAAACAACAUAAGAUCCAGAACAUGGCCGGCUACCGCAAACGGGGAAUCAUCACGCUCCCCAAUAAAUCGCAUCAUGUCAUCCGGGAGCCUGACAUGAAAAAAGAAGUCUCCUUCAAUCAGGAUGUGUUCAACUUGUCUCUUGCUCUGUCGCAAAGCCGCAUAAAUGAUGCGACGGAGUUACGCGGCAUGGUCUUGGAUGUCGAUGGCUCCGUCAAACAAUCUGAAAUUCGAGGAACUAGAGAUGAGAUUGCUAAACAGUGGGGAUUAGAUGGUCGCGAUCUGCGCAACGUGGAUCUUGUCUCGGAAGGAAUCCCGCAUUUGUUGGUCCGUCCGUCUGUUAUCUUCAUCAGCAUGUUCACUUUACGGCUCCUGGUCCGCACAAAUGGAGUGCUUCUAUUUCUUCUCCCAAUUGAAAACUCCCACGUGAAGGUGCAGGAUGUCUUUAUGACAGACCUCCAGGGCAGGCUCCAACCCUGUCCUGGCUCUGGUCUUUUAUCAAAACUCCCAUUUGAGCUACGAGUAGUGGAUGCGGCGCUUGCCUCCGUGAUUGCGACUCUUGAAGCCGAGCAUAUUCUUAUCCGCCGAGAAGCUGAAGAGAGCUUGCAGGAUUCAACAAGAGAAGAUGUUGUUUACUCUGUUCUGCGCGGGUUGCAGAAUCAUAAGAAAAGGCUCGUGGCAAUUCAGCAGCGUGCCCGCCAGUUCCGCUCCGCGCUACGGGAAAUUCUUGAAAAUGAUGAAGACAUGGCGACCAUGUUCUUAACGGAUCGGGAGGCAGGUCAACCGCAUGAGGUAGAUGAUCACCAAGAAGUGGAAUACCUCCUCGAGGCAUAUUACAAGAGCACGGACGCUAUUGCGGAGUCUGCCAGUGCUUUACUAGGCGAUUUGGAGCGCACAACGGAGACCAUUCAAUCAGUCUUGAAUGUACGACGAAACCAGAUCCUGGUUUUCGAGGCUCAACUGGAGAUCUGUAUGUUGGGAUUUGCCGUGUCAACUUUUGUGGCGGGCCUGUUUGGAAUGAACGUGACAAACUUCUUUGAAGACAGUCCUUCGGCAUUUGCAAUUCUUGUCGGAACGUGUAUGAUUGGAACGGUCACUAUCGCGAAGUAUGGGCUAUGGAAACUCAAUAAAUUUCGGACAUUGCGUUUUUAG